GCUAGCGGGCAGGCGCAUGCGGCCGCAUGCACCCAGCAUAACACAUUACAGCUCCGGUAUACAAAGGCCCUAGUCGGUCCCAGCUGACAGCACCAACUACGCAGUUCCAGCUACCCUCAUCUGGAUCGUGGUUCUACUUAACUCUCUCUUCUCCCAAUUUGCGCUAAAGCAUAAUCUGCCGAAAUGAACAAGCUGUGUCGGCAAGUAAGCAUCGAGUCGCCCGGGCCGACCAUCAAGGACUGCGUGUUCAGCUUUGAAGUGCCGAUGCCGGACGUGCCGCCGCACGGUGCUCGCAUCAGGGUGGCGUGUGCCGGGGCGUGCUACCGCCUCCACCGCACGCCGUCGCUCUCCUCCGUCUCCUCUGUCUCAUCCAUCUCGUCAGACAAGUCAUUCGACCUGCCGCUGUUCACCAGCCCCUCCCACCCUGGGGUCAGGGACACAGCCCUCUACCCUGGCUAUGAGGUAGCCGGCAUCGUCGAGUCGCUCGGUUCGGAAGCCGUCGCCGACAAUCCGCUUAAGGUUGGCGACCGGGUUGUCGUCUUCCCUUAUGAGGGUGUGCCCCACGGAUAUGCCGAGUUCAUCACAGUGACAGACCUAAAGUACUUGGUGAAGAUACCAGCGCACAUGCCCCUGAGCGUGGCUGCAAUGCUGCCGACCGGCGCUCUGCUGGCCAUGAACACAGUCAUCCACGCCAGGGAGUACACCGACCAGUUGUUCAAGGAAAAAGGCGAAAAUGCUCGUGCAAAAAUUUUGGUCGUGGGCACCGGAGGAUUGGCCCUGUGGGCCCUGAAAAUUGCAAGUUACGAGUUUCAAGACAUCGAAACCAGGGUGUGCAUAUCCGUGGCCACCCUCAGGGAUGAAGGAUUCCAACUCGCCAAAGAAAAUCUAAGAGUGAAUCAGGUGCAGUGGAAUGAAGACGUGUACGAGAAGCAGCUGAUUGAGAGAACCAUCGACGCUUGCAAGGGAGAAGUGGACAUCGUCAUCGACUUUGGCACAACCUCCAGGAGCCUGCACAGAUCUCUGCAAUGCCUGAGCAGGGGUGGUGUGGUGUUCAUCAGCGCCGAGGUGGCUGAGCGGCUGAUGCCCAAGUUCAGCAAAAGAGCGGAAGAGAAGGACCAGUGCAUUCGCCCUGUCGACAUGGGCUCCAUUGAGCAGCUUGAGGAGCUAGUCGAGCUUGUCAGUAACAGAAAGAUCAUCCCUCCUCCGCACACCGUAUUCCCGGCGGAGCAGGCAACAGACGUCAUUCAGAAGUUGUGCCACUCUGAAAUCCCCGGCAGGGCAAUACUGGAAUUCUUCUCCUCUGACUAAGUACGCACGACGACGUGAAUUGAACGACGAUUGAACCGGGUCAUUAGUCUAUUAUGUAUACUUGUAUAAUGUAUGUUGAUAUUUAUGCACUUGUUCAUUGCCAGGAGAGAAAAAUGCAGAAUGGUUUUUAUAAUUUUAUGGCUGUUGACCAGACAUAGAACGUAAGACAACCAACCCUUUUUGUAUUUUCGACUAAAAUUAGAGAGGCCAUCGAGCCUAAGCAUUUUAGUUAAAUCGCAUUGAUUGGGUUUAAGGAGGAAUUGAAAUGAAAAUGCACCUCAAAAAUCCAUGACAGUUCUGAGCACUUUUUGGCUAGUUCGCAGAUCUCAAAGCAUUUAGAAGCACAAACGGCAGGAGAGAAAAAAAGAGCUAGAAAUUUCAUGGUGGGUGUUUUAUUGAUUGAUCGAUGCAUUUGAGACGAUUCAGUUUUCAGGUUCUAAUAGUGCGAGACGCGCGGUUGAGAGUUAUUAUAUUAUAUAAUUGACUGACAUUCGACAGUUGUGAAUGAUGAUUUAAACGUAAUUAUAAAACUAAAACUGUUAGUCCGUAAGUGGUUUGAUAUGAUUUACGAGUUAUAAUUCAUUUCUGGCUGUGCUUGAUUAGGAAAUAGGCUUACUACUGUUAACUGUUCAUUCGAAAGUAUUCAUUAAACACGUGUCAUGAUGGCCAUAAAAAAGUGCGGAUCGAAUGGUAAAGGUUUUGCGGACGGUGCUUGCUCAAAGCGACACACGAACCGAAUGUGAACAGCAUAUUUUAGGCCAGUUUUAUCGAAUUCCACAUUCAAGUACCACAACAUCCACAUGAGAAGUACAGAAUAUAUAUAUUAUUUUAUAUUUAACAAAGUAUAUUGUAGCUAUUUUGUGAAAAGAUACUAAGAUGUUGGACAAAAUGACGCAAUAAAAUCUAAUUAAAUUAGUUCAAAA